CUAAAUCGUGUCGCGCUUUGCCACCGCCAGGACGCUGUUAGAGCGGUGCAUUUGCCAGGGCUAUUUCGCGACUGACACAGCCGAUUACGGCUUAGGGCGCUUUUUAUACAUCAACGACAUUGCUGCGUAGCUUUGGGACUUUCAGCGAUGCAAUCGCUGGCGCCUCAACGAUUUGCACCUUGUGGUGCACCGGCUCGCGCAGCAUGCUUUCCACUGGCCUUUAAGCCAGCAAUCCGCAGCCAGGGGAAAUGCAACAAGCUGUCACGCCAUGGGCAAGGGCGUCGGGCGCUUUGGGCGGUGCGGGCAUCGGAGACCGAGUCUGGCACUGCUGACAAGCCCCAAGUCCCGGCAGCGGGACCGGCCCAAAAUGGUAGCAAUGGAGCUUCAUCCUCUGGCACCGGCACCAGUGGCAGCACGACCUCGAGCAGCAAGCCUCGCGCGGCGUCGUCGCUGGGCACCGAUGGCGACGACUUCAGCUGGCAGGAGUUCUUUAACAGCGAUCUCCCAAAGAAGCUGGGCGGACUGCUCGCGCUGCUGCUGCUGAGUCGCGUUGGUGUCUACAUUCGUCUGCCGGGCGUGGACGUGGACGCUUUCGCAGAGAGCCUCACCAACUCUGGUCUUCUGGGCUACAUCGAUACCCUGUCGGGCGGCUCGAUCUCCAAGGUCGGGCUGUUCAGCUUGGGCAUCAUCCCGUACAUCAACGCAUCCAUCGUGCUGCAGCUUUUCUCGGCCGCCUUCCCCGGGCUCAAGAAGAUGCAGCGUGACGAGGGGGCGCAGGGCCGCGCCAAGUUCCAGUACUACCAGAAGCUGAUGGCGUUCGCCUUCGCCAUCGUGCAGGCGGUGGGCCAGCUGUUCUACAUUCGGCCCUUCGUGGACGACUUCUCGCCGGCCUGGGUGGCGGGCAGCAGCACGGCGCUGGUGGCUGGCGCCAUGGCGCUCGUGUACAUCGCCGACACCAUCUCGGAGCUCAAACUGGGCAACGGCACGUCCGUGCUCAUCUUCGCCAACAUCGCCUCCGCGCUGCCCGCCAGCGUCGGCCAGCUGGUGGCUCAGAACGAGUCGGACGACCCCACCAACGUGGCCGUGUUCUUUGUGGCGUUCGCGCUCACCACCCUGGGCAUCAUCUACGUGCAGGAGGCGGAGCGCCGCAUCCCGGUCAACUACUCCAACCGGCUCUCGUCGGGCAACCUGGCGCGGCAGUCCUACCUGCCCUUCAAGGUGAACGCCACCGGUGUGAUGCCGCUCAUCUUCGCCUCCUCCAUCCUGGCACUGCCCACCGCCCUGGCGCGUUACACGGACUCCGCGGCACUGGACGAGUUCUCUCAAUCGGUGGGCCCCGGUGGCGCUCUGUACGUGCCCUUCAACGUGGCGCUCAUCGUGUUCUUCAACUACUACUACACCUUCCUGCAGCUGGAGCCCAAGGAUUUGGCUGAGCAGCUGAAGAAGACCGGCGCCGCCAUCCCCGCCAUCCGGCCCGGCAAGCAGACGGCCGAGUACGUGACGCGCACGCUCACGCGCAUGUCGCUGCUGGGCUCGGUGUUCCUGGGCGCCCUCAGCGCGGCCCCGGCGGCGGUGGAAGCGAUCACGCACCUGACUGCCUUCCGCGGCUUCGCCGGCACCUCGGUGCUCAUCAUGGUGGGUGUGGCCACCGACACGGCCCGCCGCAUCCGGGCCGAGCAGGCCAUGGCCAAGUACCAGGACGUGGACAAGCUGUACGACAACAUGAAGAUGUAAAUAACUUUGAGGCUUAGCGCCAACAGUUGGGUUAGCGCUAGCAGGUGUGAUGGUCGGGACAUGGGCGUUGCGUUACAUGAGGCGGGAACGGCUUGGAUUCUGGGGGGUUGGCAGUGUGUGGCUGAGUGUUCGGGUUGCAAAAUUGCGUCGCGCUGUCGCAACGGGGGAUGAGGUGAUAGUGUGGAUGGGUGGGAGGGGGUGUUGCGGGCAGGUAUGAAGGCGGGGCGGGCUCCGGGCUGGGUGUCAGGAAGCCAGCACUGGUGCCGGCUGUUGCUGACAGGGACAGCCAACAUGCCAUUUUGAUUCAUGUGCUGGUGGGGGCACGGCGUGAGAGCACAAGCGCAUUGCCAUUUGCAAGUACGGCGUCGGGGGCGCGUCGCGCGCUGACGUUUUGAGCCACACGUUGGAGCCCUGUAAAUGCAUGGACAG